AUGGAUCAACAGGAAAGGAAGGAGCGGUUUAAUGAAACAUUGGCCGGUCGCGUAAUGUCGGAAUACAUAAGGAUUAUAAACAUACCAAUCAGGAUGAAAAAAGAUUUCGACUUACUAAUGGACGAUAUCAAAAAUCUGUUGGGAUACGAUCGGAGCGAGGAUCGUACCCCAUUCUCAUGGCCUCGCCCUCGUGGUGUGGGAUCCACAACAAUGGGAAUAACAGUGAAAACCUCUUAUUUAUUCUGGAAGUGGUUUCUGUCUGGUGGUAAAGAAAACCUUAAGAGGUACAAUAAUGAAAACGGUACCAAGAUUGUCAUUAUGCAGGAACAAACGAUCAGACAAACUGAUCUCAACCGCUUGUGCUUAUUACUACGUAUUCAAAUCAAGGAAUGUUACCAGAACGCGAAAAAACGUGCCCCGGAAAUUCGCAUCAGACACAAUAAAGUGGAAAUCAAUGGAGUAGGGACUUACGAUCCUGUAGUACUUUGUCACCGUUUAAAGUGGAAGGUACCUGAGUGGCAUGGAACGCCGCUUGAAGAGUUAAUGGAUCUCCGUUUAAAAAAGGAGCAAGAGGCUGGUAGCUUGAUUCUGGGUGACCUCGCGUUACCUGGGCUUACUGCUGAGGAGCAAGCAGAAGGGAGAAUGUUGCAAGCUAAUAAGGAAAAUUGGUCAGAAGUGGUAAAAAAGAAGAAACGUCCCUCUACAGAAAACCGCGAAGAAAGUGGUCAACCUAAGAAAUAUAAGAAAGUUACUGAUCGUGAGCGACUUGGCGACUACUGCGGAGAGACGGUGCACUCAAUUCCACAUUUUACGGAUGCAGUAAUCCAGUGGGUUGAGCAAGUGGCCAGGAUUCCCGUUGAUGGCACAUUGGAAAGGCCAGACGUUUGCAUCAUUGAGGUUGCUUCCUUGCCCUGCGGAGAAGGAAAUGGGCUGACAGUGCUGCAGCAAAAGGAGACGAGGAGAAAAAAGGAAGUGAGUGGAUUACCACACAAAUCUUAA